UAUUAACCUAAUACUACCGUAGGUCGAUUAAUAUAACUGUCAGGAUCAUAGGGACGCAGCUAGUCGAGUGCUAGAGCCUAGGGGCGAUGGGAGCAGAAGAGAAAAGCAACGAAAUCGGACUAAAGGCCUGUUGGGUUCAUCCCCGAUGCGGGAACUUGUGGGUUCGGCAUUUGCUUUGCUUUUGCCUCUUUUCCCUUUCGAGUGCGUUCAGAUCCCGCAUAAUGGAUUAUUGCCCUCAAUGUCUUGGUUGCCUUUCGUGUGCCUUUCGUUUAUUCUUUCCUUUUCUUUUUUUUCUUUUGUCCUUUUUGUUUUUUCUUGUCGGUGCUGGGCCAUGGCUUUGUACAAGUGGUAAUUUUAAUUCAUGCACCCAACCACCACCCCCCUCCAGUAUGCAAAGAAUCCAAGUUAAACAAUUGUGACUGUGACUGUGAUGUGACUGUACAGAGACGAGAGGAAAACUACCAGGUGUCAUGUCUGAUGGAUACGAGUAACGAACCCCUGUAAAUAAGGAUCUUCAUCUUUUUUUUCCUCUGCCAAAAAACGACGAAGGAUCGCGGGAACAUUUCUCCGACCCGCAUGUCGUCACGCUUGUUCUG